GGACUACAAGAGACUGAACUGUAUCUGCCUCUAUUUCCAACAGACUCACGUUCAACUUUCGCUCACGAAAAUAGCCGGGAAAAUUUUAUUAGUCCUUUUUUUAAAAAAAGUUAAUAUAAAAUUAUAGCAAAAAAAAAAAAAAAGGAACCUGAACUUUAGUAACACAGCUGGAACAAUCCGCAGCGGCGGCAGGAGCGGCGGGAGAAGAGAUUUAAUUUAGUUGAUUUUCUGUGGUUGUUGGUUGUUCGCUAGUCUCACGGUGAUGGAAGCUGCACAUUUUUUCGAAGGGACCGAGAAACUGCUGGAGGUCUGGUUUUCCAGACAGCAGUCCGACGCAAGCCAGGGAUCUGGGGAUCUUCGUACCAUCCCAAGAUCUGAGUGGGAUGUCCUUUUGAAGGAUGUGCAGUGCUCAAUCAUAAGUGUGACAAAGACUGACAAGCAGGAAGCUUAUGUACUCAGUGAGAGUAGCAUGUUUGUCUCCAAGAGACGUUUCAUUUUGAAGACAUGUGGUACCACCCUCUUACUGAAAGCACUGGUCCCCCUGUUGAAGCUUGCUCGGGAUUACAGUGGGUUUGACUCAAUCCAAAGCUUCUUUUAUUCUCGUAAGAAUUUCAUGAAGCCUUCUCACCAAGGGUACCCACACCGGAAUUUCCAGGAAGAAAUCGAGUUUCUUAAUGCAAUUUUCCCAAAUGGAGCAGCAUACUGUAUGGGACGGAUGAAUUCUGACUGUUGGUACUUGUAUACUUUGGAUUUCCCAGAGAGCCGAGUAAUCAAUCAGCCAGACCAAACCCUGGAAAUUCUGAUGAGUGAGCUUGACCCAGCAGUUAUGGACCAGUUCUACAUGAAAGACGGUGUUACUGCAAAGGAUGUCACUCGUGAGAGUGGAAUUCGUGACCUGAUACCAGGUUCUGUCAUUGACGCCACACUGUUCAAUCCUUGUGGCUACUCGAUGAAUGGGAUGAAAUCGGAUGGAACAUAUUGGACUAUUCACAUCACUCCAGAACCAGAAUUUUCUUAUGUUAGCUUUGAAACAAACCUAAGUCAGACCUCCUAUGACGACCUGAUCAGGAAAGUUGUGGAAGUCUUCAAGCCAGGAAAAUUUGUGACCACCUUGUUUGUUAAUCAGAGUUCUAAAUGUCGCACAGUGCUUUCUUCACCCCAGAAAAUUGACGGCUUUAAACGUCUUGAUUGCCAGAGUGCUAUGUUCAACGAUUACAAUUUUGUUUUUACCAGUUUUGCUAAGAAACAGCAACAACAGCAGAGUUGAUUAGGAAAAAUGAAGAAGAAAAAACGCAAAAAGAGAAGACACACAGGAGGUGGUGGCUGCUUUCUAGAUGUUGAUCCUGGGGGCCAUGCUGACCAUGACCACCACCUUGUAGUUGCAGAAAGCCCUAGGUGUAAUGAUAGUGUGAUCAUUUUGAAGUGUAUGCAUUAUUAUAUCAAGGAGUUAGAUAUCUUGCAUGAAUGCUCUCUUCUGUGUUUAGGUGUUCUAUGCCACUCUUGCUGUGGAACUGAAGUGCAUGUAGAAAAGAACUUUGGCUGUAUGAAUCUUUACGACACUUGUGAAAAUGACUCGAUUUGGUUUAUGCACAGCGUAAUAUUUCUGCAGGCAUCGUCCAAAAUCCCCCACAGACAAGGCUUUCGUCCCCAUUAGAUGCGGCCUCAGCUGACCGUCUGCGACUGUUCUAUUAAAUUGCUACCAGAGUUUUUACAUCUGGUUACCUCCACUUUCUAGAGCAUAUUCUCUGCUAAUGUGAUUCAGAACCAAUUUUUACUUCAUACAGGUGUUUUAUGCAAUGGCAAUUAAAGUUUUUCUUCCACACAUUGAGUCUUUGUAAGAAAAUGAUUCCAGUUGCUUGUUUUGUGUUCUACUGUUUUAAUAGUUGCUCCUGCAUUUACAGUCCUAUGUUUUUUUUUUUUUUACCACCCCUGAUGAAGCAAUACACUGUUACACUGUGGGCUUAUUAUAAUCUUACACCCCAGAUGAGUUUGGAAAAUGGUCCCUUGCUUAAUUUUUUUCCUAAGACAUAAUAAGAAUGUGGCCUUCUUAUUGGCAUGAACUUUUGUGGAAGAUAAAUGACAAAACUGAAUGUAUCAAGUGAAAAGAAUUCAGUCUCUGGGGUGAUGAGCAAGGAGAACCCAUUAAAAAAGAAAACUCCAUGGAAAUGACAGGCCGUGUAGUGCACUUUAGUUAGCUUUAAUGGAGUGUCUACCAUGCCUUCACUAACUUACUAAGCAGUGAUGGGAAUGUCCACUAAGUCAAAGCAGAAAGUUAAUCCUAAACAUUCUGACCUCAGUAAGUGCCGCCAUUGCCACCAGUCUAAAGGAGAUCUUGAUUCAAAGGAGAGUCCGUGGUUUCUGUUGAUUCUGACAUCGCCUGUUCUCUGGUCUUCCUUUCACCAUGGUGUUAAGAUCAAAUGAAUGGCUGACCAGAGGGAGGGCUCUCCAGGCUACUUGGCCAGAUAGUGAAUGUAUGAAUGGAUGAACAAUAUUCUGAAUCUAUUUAAUGGCACUAGAAAUGUGGGCAUUUGCAAAUGCUGUGGGGUUUAAACAGAAAAGAGCAAACUGGACUACGCUCUCUAUUUAUUGCCCUCCUACUGUUUUCUUGGUAGUUUCUGGACUGACACAGUGAUGUUUUGUUCCUUCCGUAUUUAUAAUGAAACACUUUUUUAGCGUUUCUAAAUGUAGAAUCUACUUGGUUUGAAAUCAAGUGGUUGGAACACUGAUUUUUUUUUUACUUUAUACAUGGUGUUGAUUGAAUGCUUCAUUGGGGAAGCUUUCGGUCAGCUUUAUCAGUCUUGAUUCUGUAAUGAGCACAGCACCUAUUUUGAAUUGCUAUUUGGAGGACCAGUGCUUAUUUAAGCUGGAUUUUGUAACCCAGUAGGUUUUGGCUUGAGGUCUGUUUCCCCCAUCUUAUAAAAUUAAGAAUUCUAAUGUUGAAAAUUGCAUAGGUUUGUGUGGAACAAAGCCUAGAGAAGAGACUGUAGGUGGACUAGUGAUCUAGUGUAAUUACAGGCGGGGAAGUUUUGGUGCCAUAAUUUCUCUUUGUUGGUGUUGGACUUUUAAUCAGCUGAAAUGUAUUUCUGUACCACAAUGUAAGCUUCAAUAAAAGUUUGCUUAAUUGUCUAGCAACAUUCAGAAA